CAUUUUUACUCCACCGUCAGCUCGAGCAGUCGUCUCUUUUCGAGCUCCCAUUCUCAUCGCCUUUAGCCUAGUGAAGCAUCACGAGUUUCCGCUCCAGGUUUUCUCUCUCUGGGCUCAGACUAACAACCUUCCUUCCCGACAGGUUACAUCGCUUAGUGUCAGCUGGAGAGUCGCAAUGCCGAGCUACCCGCUUCGUGUAGCGGUUGUGUGCUCGAGCAACCAGAACCGCAGUAUGGAAGCGCACAAUAUUCUCAGUAAGCGAGGAUUUGAUGUGCGGUCGUUUGGUACUGGGUCUCAUGUGAAGCUGCCAGGUCCGGCCCCAGAUAAGCCAAACGUAUACGACUUCAAAACCACCUAUGAGCAGAUGUACAACGACUUAGUCCGCAAAGACAAGGAACUAUACACACAGAAUGGUAUACUGCACAUGCUGGACCGCAACAAACGCAUCAAGUCCAAGCCAGAGAGGUUCCAAAACUGCAAGGAAAAGUUUGACCUGGUCAUCACCUGCGAGGAGCGGGUCUACGAUCAGGUGUUGGAGGACCUCAACUCCAGAGAGCAGGUGACGCUGCAGCCCGUCCAUGUCAUCAACGUAGACAUUCAAGACAAUCACGAGGAGGCGACGCUCGGGUCUUUCAUCAUCUGUGAAGUUUGCCAAUCUAUCCAGAACACCGAUGACAUGGAGAAUGAAAUAGAUGAGCUGCUACAAGAACUAGAGGAAAAGAACAAGCGGCCAAUUCUUCACACGGUCUGCUUUUACUAACGUGGAUGGAAGUUAGCAAUAACCACAAGCAAAGAAACUUCACGCACGCACGCACAUACAUACAUACACCCACACACUCUCUCUCUCUCACUCUGCUGGGAGGGACAGUAACCCAAAUGCAUUGACUUGUUGCUCUGGCCACCUCCAAGUUAAGUGUGAAUGAAGGUCCUCCGGCCUUCCCAGUGCUGCACUGGUCAUGUCACCUCAGGGUGAGGAAUCAAACUUCUGCAUUAUCCCUUCUUGUUUUGGAAAGCACAGCAUAUUGUCUUUUUUUUGGUUUUUUUUGCUAUGAUUUCUCUUUGGACAUGUGCCGUUUUCCCUGGUGCCAGAGUUGAAGCAUAAGUCAGUUCAUUUAAACCAUCUGAUAGUUUAAGGUCACUAUGAAAUUACCAAACCCAGACUGUAAGGUUUUUCCAAUUAUUAUUUAACUUUGCAUAUGCUGUAUUUCAGGGUAUAGUUUUUGUAAUUUUUUUGUUAUUUCAUUUGUAAGAAACAUCUACUAAAGAGUGCCUGAUUUUCUGUAUGUACAUAAGGAUUCAUUAAAGAGUCUAAAAGAGACAUUU